UUUUUUUCUUCAUAUCCUUUCAUUUCUUCUUGACAGAACAAAACUCAGUUAGUUUCUCAAAGUGCCGUUUCCAUGGCUAUGGGAUUUUCUAGAGUCCCCAUGCUCCGGCGGUUCCCCGUUUCUUCUCCGGCGCUACCUUAUUCUUCAUCACUUCAAUCCAACCGUAAAAUCAACAUCUCCGCCUCUCUUUCUAGAACCGAAGAAUCUACUUCUUCCCUAAUUCAGCAUACACCAGUCCGUACCCGGUGGAAGCCAAUGUGUCUCUAUUUUACUCAAGGUAAGUGCACUAAGAUGGAUGAUCCUAUGCAUAUUAAUACGUUUAAUCAUAAUUGCUCGUUGGAGCUUAUGCGAAAUGCUGCUAGACUUGAGAAUUUGAAGCAGCAGGAGUUUGAGUACUUUUUGGUGCUUGAUUUGGAGGGUAAAGUUGAGAUUCUGGAGUUUCCUGUUCUACUUUUUGAUGCUAAAACCAUGGAUGUGGUUGACUUGUUCCAUAGGUUUGUGAGGCCGACAAAAAUGCACGAAGAAAGAAUAAAUCAAUAUAUAGAAGGGAAAUAUGGAAAGCUAGGAGUUGAUCGUGUCUGGCAUGAUACAGCUAUACCAUUUGCGGAAGUUAUCGAGCAGUUUGAAGUUUGGCUAGGUGAACGCGAGUUGUGGAGAAAUGAACUGGGUGGCUGUCUCAAUAAUGCUGCCUUUGUUACUUGUGGGAACUGGGAUCUGAAGACUAAAGUUCCCCAGCAGUGCGCCGUAGCAGGGAUGAAAUUGCCACCAUAUUUCAUGGAAUGGAUUAAUCUGAAGGAUGUGUUUCUGAACUUCUACAAGAGGAGGGCGCCAGGAAUGCUCUCAAUGAUGAGGGAACUCCAAAUUCCUUUGUCUGGAAGCCAUCACCUUGGAAUAGACGAUUCAAACAACAUAGCAAGAGUAAUACACCACAUGCUAACUGAUGGUGCCCUUUUGCAGCUAACAGCUAAAAGAAACCCCCGUUCUCCUGAGAACGUUGAAUUUCUUUUUAAGAAUCGCAUAGUAUAACCACUUCCUGCUAAACCAUUAUGCAACAUCACCGAAUGUUCCCAAGCUUCAGUUGAGGUCUGUUGUAUUCUGCGAAGCAUCACACCAACCCACGCGCCCCGACCCAUCCAAGACCAAAAAGGUAAACACAAAAGACUAUUUGUGGAGACUUGCAUCAGUGUUUGUACAUUAAUAUCAUUUCCUUUCAAUUGUUAGUGGAGUUCUUAACUUGGAAAAUCACAAAUCUUUCUUGAUUGGUUGGGCACUUGGGCUGGUUCUAUGGAUUUGUUCUAUUCUUUUAUACUAAUUGUUUCCUCUUUGUUCUUGCAAUCAUCAAAUGUAUAUGCAUGUAUUAUCAUAUUUGUUCUUGGUAACAGGGUGGAACAGUUAAUUGAGCUAAAAACUAGUUAGAGUUCCUUUUAA